CGGGCGCGCGCCCCGCCGUCCGCCGACCGUUUGCAGUAGCUUCGGGGAGCCUGUAGUGGGUGGAGAGCGAGGACGGGAGUCGCCGCGCAGAGCGCAGCGCUGCAGCCACACUUGAGCCGAGCGGAGCAGACUGUGAGCGCGCACGGACGGCCACGCGAGCCCUCGCGGGAAAGAACGAACCCCGACGACGAACGAGCGGACAAAAAGGGAAAGUUAUUCGUUUUUAACACUUCCGUGUUCAAAAUGGCUGACCCCGUGCACGACUUCGGAGAGGGGGGCGAGAAUAUGAGAGGUUUCGCCAGGCAAGGUGCGCUGAGGCAGAAGAACGUCCACGAGGUGAAGAACCACAAGUUCAUCGCCCGCUUCUUCAAGCAGCCCACCUUCUGCAGCCACUGCACGGACUUCAUCUGGGGAUUCGGCAAGCAGGGGUUCCAGUGUCAAGUCUGCUGCUUCGUGGUGCACAAGCGCUGUCAUGAAUUUGUCACCUUUUCCUGUCCUGGAGCGGAUAAGGGUCCCGCAUCAGAUGACCCCCGGAGUAAGCACAAGUUCAAGGUGCACACGUACUCAAGCCCCACCUUCUGUGACCACUGCGGAUCGCUGCUGUACGGCCUCAUUCACCAGGGGAUGAAGUGUGAUCACUGCAUGAUGAACAUCCACAAGCGCUGCGUGGCCAACGUGCCCAGCCUGUGCGGCACCGACCACACGGAGCGGAGGGGUCGUAUACAAAUCGCUGCCGAGAUCAAGAACACCGCGCUCACAGUGUGGGUUAAAGAGGCAAAGAACCUUGUGCCCAUGGAUCCCAAUGGCCUGUCUGAUCCCUACGUUAAGCUGAAACUGAUCCCUGAUCCCAAAAGUGAGAGCAAACAGAAGACAAAGACCAUCAAGUGUUCACUCAACCCAACGUGGAAUGAGACUUUCUCCUUCAAUCUGAAGGAGUCUGACAAAGACCGCCGGCUCUCUGUAGAAAUCUGGGACUGGGACCUCACGAGCCGGAAUGACUUCAUGGGUUCGCUGUCAUUUGGGAUAUCCGAGCUGCAGAAGCAGGGGGUCAACGGCUGGUACAAGCUGCUCAGCCAGGAAGAGGGAGAGUACUUCAAUGUUCCCGUGCCGCCCGAGGGCGAUGACGGCAAUGAGGAGCUGAGGCAGAAAUUUGAGAGAGCGAAAAUUGGCCCAGGUACAAAGAACAGCGACGGCUCCUCCUCAAACACCAUCUCCAAAUGUGACAACAAUGGCAACCAGGACCGUGUCAAGCUGUCAGACUUCAAUUUCCUCAUGGUUCUUGGCAAGGGCAGCUUUGGCAAGGUCAUGCUAGCGGAGAGAAAGGGUACCGACGAACUCUAUGCUAUCAAGAUCCUGAAGAAGGAUGUCGUCAUUCAGGACGACGAUGUGGAAUGCACCAUGGUGGAGAAAAGAGUCCUGGCUCUUUCGGGCAAACCACCUUUCCUGACUCAGUUACACUCCUGUUUCCAGACCAUGGACCGCCUCUACUUCGUGAUGGAGUACAUCAACGGAGGAGACCUUAUGUACCAGAUCCAGCAGGUUGGGAAGUUCAAGGAGCCCCACGCAGUGUUCUAUGCUGCGGAGAUCGCCAUCGGGCUCUUCUUCCUUCAUUCAAAGGGCAUCGUGUACCGGGACCUCAAGCUGGAUAAUGUGAUGCUCGACUCAGAGGGCCACAUUAAAAUAGCUGACUUUGGCAUGUGCAAGGAGAACAUGUGGGACGGCUUGACCACAAAGACCUUCUGUGGCACGCCUGAUUACAUUGCUCCUGAGAUUAUCGCCUACCAGCCGUACGGCAAGUCCGUGGACUGGUGGGCCUUCGGGGUCCUGCUCUAUGAGAUGCUGGCCGGACAGCCACCUUUUGAUGGAGAAGAUGAGGACGAGCUCUUCCAGUCCAUUAUGGAACAGCACGUUUCCUACCCCAAGGCUAUGUCCAAGGAGGCGGUGGCCAUCUGCAAAGGGUUGAUGACCAAGCAUCCUGCCAAGCGGCUGGGCUGUGGCCCAGAGGGUGAGCGUGACAUCAAGGAGCAUGCCUUCUUCCGCUACAUGGACUGGGAGAAGCUGCAGAAUAAGGCAGUCCAACCACCUUUCAAGCCCAAAGCAUGUGGCCGGGAUGCUGAGAACUUUGACCGCUUUUUCACCCGUCAUCCUCCAGUGUUAACCCCACCAGACCAGGAAGUCAUCAUGAACAUUGAUCAGUCUGAGUUUGAGGGCUUUUCUUAUAUCAAUCCCCAUUAUACUGAUACUCCAGUCAAGAGUUAAGGACAAUGAUGGAAAAAGCCAAUUGCUUGAGUUCCUGAUGCUAUAUAUCUGUUUAUAUAUAUGUACUGUAUUAUGCUGUAUAUGUAUAUAAACAAAAAAAAUAAGCAAACCCACGUAAGAACUUUUGGGAUUGACUCUGUGUAAAUUCCCAUAAAUGAUUUCCCUUUCACUGGGACCAAUUUUGUACUUUCUAUCACAUUCUGAUGCUUAUUGAAUGUUAAAAUCAGAAAUAUCAGCCAGAAAAUAUCUCUGCAGUGAUUCCAGAAACUUUCGCCCUCACUAUAAUGGUCAUGGAGUUUUUUUUUUUUUUUUUUUUU